AUGAUCAUCGUGCUUAUUACAAUAUUUGCAGCUUUGCAUUCGUCUUUUUGCGCAGAAACAGCUACGUCUGUAGAAGGCAAAGGGAUUGAUGUAAGUGCGUGUGCAUCACAAAACUGGGUAUCUUGCAGUGUAAGUGUUGGCAAUGCUCUUUAUAACUGGAUAACUAACCUCUCUGGAUGGAAAAAUGGACGACAAACGAUUCCAGCAUUUCGGGGAACAUGUAUCGGGGAAUAUAAGGGAGGUUUCCAUAAUUGGCAAUGGAAAUAUAACGGAAAAUUCUCGUGCGAUCAUGUAUCAAAAACCAUUGUAGGAUAUUCUUCGAAAUUUAAAAGUCGAAGCGGUGCUAUUAAGCAAUCAAUACAAGACUUUAUACAGAAAGCUGGUCGAGCUGGUGUGCUAACUCCAGAACAAAUUGCUGCCUACAACUCUGGUUAA